AUGCUCUCUCACCCCAUGGCAAGACCAAAGAUUCUCUUGCUUUCUUUUUCAUUGUUGUGCUUCACCUUUCUAAGCUUCUUCCGCUGCUCAUUAUCUCUGCUGGACCCUGAGGAUGAGGUUGGCAUUCUGGUUCAAGCCGAUGAUGUUAGCAUGGUCCAAAGCCAAAGAAAUUCUAGCAAGAGAUGUGACUUUUCAGUUGGAAAAUGGGUUUAUGAUGAUUCUUACCCUCUCUAUGAUUCUAACUGUCCUUAUCUCAGCACUUCAGUUACUUGUCAAAAGAAUGGAAGGCCAGAUUCUGAUUAUGAGAAGUGGAAGUGGAAGCCAAACGGUUGUUCCAUGCCAAGGUUUGAUGCACUAAGGUUUCUUGGAAGAAUGAGAAGAAAGAGAAUAAUGCUGGUGGGUGAUUCAAUCAUGAGAAAUCAGUGGGAAUCUCUUGUUUGCUUAGUGCAAGGAGUUAUUCCAACUAGUAGAAAAAAGGUGACAUAUAAUGGACCUGCAAUGGCCUUCCAUGCCAUGGAUUUUGAGACAUCAAUUGAGUUUUUCUGGGCACCACUAUUAGUAGAAGUGAAGAAAGGUCCAGAAAAUAAGAGAAUUUUACAUUUGGACUUGAUUGAAGAAAAUGCAAGGUAUUGGAAAGGAGUUGAUAUCCUUGUAUUUGAUUCAGCCCAUUGGUGGACUCACUCUGAUCAAACCAGCUCGUGGGAUUACUACAUGGAGGGAAAUAAUCUCAUCAGAAACAUGAAUCCUAUGGUUGCUUAUCAGAAAGGACUAAGUACAUGGGCAAGGUGGGUGGAUCUAAAUCUAGACCCUAGAAGAACCCAAGUCACUUUUAGAAGCAUGUCACCUAGGCAUAACAGGCAAAAUGGUUGGAAAUGCUACAAUGAGAAGCAGCCUCUACCAUUUUUCAGCCACCUCCAUGUUCCUGAACCUUCGGUAGUGCUACAAGGAGUGCUGAAGAGAAUGAGGUUUCCAGUAUAUCUGCAAGAUAUUACAACAAUGACGGCUUUGCGCAGAGACGGGCAUCCUUCGGUGUAUAGGAGGAUAAUAAGCCAAGAUGAGAGACAGAAACAAGGAAAAGGCCUUUCCUCUGAUUGCAGCCAUUGGUGCCUCCCUGGUGUGCCUGAUAUUUGGAAUGAGAUGCUGAGUGCAUUGCUUUGA